AUGGUAAACGAUAGGUAAGAAGGCCAUCUAACUCUGAAAAUCAAUUGCGGUACCUACGGCCAAGAGUCAAGCAUCCCAGAAGCAUAAUGGUUUGGCCGUGUUUUGCCUACAACUACAUCGAACUUCUGAUCGUAUAGAAAAGAUUAUGGAUAAGACGGUUUCCUUAGAAAUUUUAUACAAAAUUGCCAUACCUUAUUGUCGUUCUUAAAAAAUAAUAGUAUCCUUAUUUCAAAGUGACAACGACCCGGAACACAGGGCUAAAGUUGUUCAAAAAUAUAUGAAGAAGGAGAAGAUCCGUGAACUCGACUGGCCUAGUCAGUCUCCUGACCUUCAUCCUAUCGAACAUUUAUGGGAAUUAGUUGCAAGAAACGUAGAAAAGACAUGCUCUACGACAGAAGCUCAAUUGGAAUCAGUUUUGGAUUAG